GUCCUUCUCCAGAGAGAAUCGAAGAAAUCUUCCAGUCUUUUCAAAACCCCAUACUAUAUCUGAAUUAGGGCUUUUUUUUUUUUGUUCUCUCCCUAAUCUUCCUAUCUUUUCAAAACCUACACUAUAUCUGAAUUAGGGUUUUUUUUCUCUCUCUCCCUUUUUUGGUUCUUGCAUUGAUAUAUAGAAGAUAGCAUUCUCAAAUCUCCACCGUUGGAUUUAGUAGAAGAAAGAAGAAGGAUGAAAUUGCGGCAUGCGAUGGUCUGUUCAUCCAACCAGAACCGAAGCAUGGAAGCACAUUCCCUCCUCAAACGCCACGGCUUCGAUGUCUCCUCCUACGGCACUGGGGCCCACGUCAAGCUCCCUGGCCCGUCUCUCCGAGAGCCCAACGUCUACGAUUUCGGCACUCCUUACAAACAGAUGUUGGACGAUCUCCGCCGCAAGGACCCCGAACUAUAUAGACGCAAUGGCAUUUUGCCAAUGCUUAAAAGGAAUUCAACUGUCAAAACUGCACCUCAGCGAUGGCAAGAUAAUGCUUCUGAUGGUGCCUUUGACGUGGUGUUUUCAUUUGAAGAAAAGGUUUUUGACAUGGUCAUUGAAGAUCUAAACAAUCGGGAGCAUGUGCUGAUGAAAAGUGUAUUAGCGAUCAAUUUGGAUGUAAAAGAUAACCAUGAAGAGGCAGCUGUGGGAGCAAGGCUUGCACUUGAUUUAUGCCAGGAGCUUGAAGCAGCCGAGUCUUGGGAGGAUGCAAUCGAUGACAUUGUCGCUGCAUUCGAGAGACAACACAGACGAAAGCUCUUAUACAACAUCUCCUUCUAUUGAAAAUCUCACCAUUAAGUUCAUUAGGCAUGAUUUCUCAUUUCAUCCAUAAUUUAUUCUCUGGUGUUGUCUGAUUUCUUGUUAUGUAACUUAAGAGAAGGCACUUGGCAUCAGUUGUUUCCUUAGAGCGUUGAAGUGAAGGCAUGCCUUGGUCAUGGCCAAUCAACAAGUCAGAUGUACAAAAGUAGUGAAAUUGCAGGGAUAUUUCAUUAUGAUGUUUGUUCUUGAAUCUGUGUAGAAAUAAACAGGUUGGACAUAUAGACGGGAUAACUGGCCACUUACAGUAAGCCGUGUGGAUUGGAUUCCGUGUCCGGGCGUUGGCAUUGCAAAAAUUGUGUUUUGCCAAUCAUUCUCAUCUGAGGCCCUAUCCUUUGUGAGUAAACAAGCCUUUGUGAUAUCAUUAUUCAGUGAUGUCAGCUCAAUGUUUCAGUU